GGCAUACAUUCGAUAUAUCCAGCUAUCGUUGGCAGUGUUAUCGCCCGAACGGCGCACGGUCACACUGGAAAGCUGUUAAAAGAAAAUUGGGAAAAAGGCUUCGUCUUGAGGAUUCAAUUUUCAUAACAAAUGAACGGCGAAGCAGGGGGAAGACAAAGGCGCAGUUAAAUAAUCUAACUUACAUAUACACUGACAUAGUAAGUAACGGUAAACACGCGGGCGCAAGCCGCCCCCUUUUUUCGAUAAGUGAACGUGAAUGCGAAACACUCGCGGGCGCAAAAAAGUGAACAAGAAAAUCAGGAGUUUGUUCGCGGAUGCGGAAAUAAAGAAAGAGAGAGGGAGACCAAGGAAUUGAGGAUUAACGAUGAGCUUCCUGCCGGGCGAGCCGGUACCGCCCGGUUUCGAGGAGGACGACGACGUGACCCGCACGGCGGUCAUACAAAAGCAGAUCGAGAACUACACCGCCGGACCACUGAUCGGCACCGAAUACACCAUCGAGCUGCACGAGCCGGCCCAACUGCGUCCGAAUUACUUCUGUGUGCUGUGCCAAACGUGCACGGAUGGACGCAACGUCUUUGCACACUGGACAUCGCAGGCGCAUCGCACCAAGUACCUGCAAACCCACUUCCAGAAGGCCCACAGAGAGCUGCAGAAGCUGAAGCGCACGCCCAACAGCUCUGGUGACCUGGUGACUGCCACUGGGAAUUUGGUGAAGUGCAUUGAGAAGCAUUUCGGCAGGUCACGCAAUCUAAUAACUGCAACUGGUGAUGAUUUCCGCCGCUAUCGCUCCAAAAUGUGCAGCCAGGUGCGGGAUAGCUUUCAUUUCGAUGAGUGUGCCGGGUCAGAUUUUUCCGAAGAAGCUCAGCGCGUGAUCCGCGAGCUGAAACCGGAUGAGUCCAUCAAGAGCAGCUUGAAGAUGAACGUCGACGCAACCGGGGGCAGCAACAAGCAGCAUGAGGAUGGAAAUAUAAUUGCCUUGGAUGCCAUAUCCAGUGAUGAUGAGAACUUUGGCGGGUCAACAGGUCCGGUUGACGCGGUGCCAAAGGGGCGACAGACGAAUAAUUCGUCCGAAGAUGCCGGCGGGCGUAGUAAAAACCAAUCGCCACCACCUCCAGGUGGCGCGACCAAAACGCAGCAUUUGCCCACGCCCAAGGAGCUGGCCAUUCAGGCAUCUAUAAUUUCACAGGAGCGCUACAAGUGGGAGAAGUUCCGCUGCAUGCUGGAACUUCAGCUCAAGCAGCUGCGCAGUGAUACAGAGAUGUACGAAUCAAAUCCCGAGAAACAUCCCGACUAUCCGGAUGAGUGGAAACAGUUCUGGAAUCGACGCUACAAGCAGCUGCAGGAGGAGAAGAAGUUCGAUCCGAAUCUAUACGACUAUAAGCCGGAGUGGAUUAGCUACUGGAAGGAUCGACGCAUCGUACUGUUCGACAUUGCGGUGAAUAAAAUAAAGAAGGAGCUCAAAGAGAAGUUCAAGCUGGGCGACGAGGACGAAGAGAAGACCAAGGAGCUAAUGGAGCGCUACAAGAUCCGUGUGGCCAGUCCGCGUAGGGCGUCUGCCACCACCAAUGCCGACAAUGGUCGCAAGCCGAAGCCAAACUUCCGCAGCAAUCGUCCGAUUGGUGCGGUAAGCAAGCUAGCCGACGCCGUCAUCGAUAUCAGCGAUGAUGAUGUUGACACUCCUCCAUCUCGUGGUCGUGCCUCCCUCAAUCGCCGCUCCAUCUCUCGCUCGUUGUCGCCCAAGCGCGGCGGACGUCGUGCCGUGCGGCGCUCACGCAGUCGUUCGCCGCAUCGCAGCUAUAAGCGUGGAUCUUCACGCUCGCGUUCGCGCAGCCAGCGACGCCGGUCUCGCUCGCCGCCCCACUACCGUGGCCGUGGUCAUGGUCGUACUCCAACAUCCAAAGAGCGCGGCUCGUCGUCCAGGGAUUUCGGAGAUCGUCGCAGUUUGCAGCGUGAUCGCGAACGCUCCUCGGAGUACUAUCCCCGCAACGAGGGCUAUGCUCGAUCAUCGCGCGGCUAUGAGCCUGUGGAGACGUUCCGCGUGCUGGAUUCCCGCGUGUAUCCCGAGUACAGUAUGACCAAGGCGAGAUCGAUUUCGCCGACCGUUUCGUCCAACAAGGAGAAGGAGAAGGAGGCAUCGGAGCCCGUUGAGGAGGGACCACUGACUGUGGUCAGUGUGUUGCGCAUGCUGUCCGCCGUCGAGGAGCAUCUGGGCAGCCUGGGACCCAAGGCGCUCAAUCUGCUUAGCAAGGCACUGGCCAUGGAGAUGGUGAAGCCAAAUUCGGCCGAGGAUUUGCUGCUAAACGAGGACAACUGUGUGUUCCUCGAGACCACAAAGGAGAAGCUCAAGGGCAUUCUCAUUGCCGAGGUACUGGACGAUCCGCAAAAGGUGCGCGUGGUCAAGAAACUAAUCACGAACAUAGCAGCCGUCAUCUUUCAGGCGACCGUCAAAGGUACCACCGAUGCCGUCGAUGACAAGGUUAAGGCAAAUGCCAAUCCGGCGCCCAUACAGCUGCCCUUCGAUCGCAACUUGGUGGCGCCCAAGUUGGCCAAUGCCUUGGUACUCAAGGGAUACAACAAUGUGACCACCGGCGAUAUGAACAAUCUGCUCCACCUGCUAACGCUGCUGGUGAAGAUGGACAAGCAGCGCCGCCAGCUGGACAAGAACAACGGACUGAAGUUCGAGGAGAUAAAGGCAAAGCUGGGACUGCAAAAUAAGCCAUCGCCCGAUGACAUGGGCUACGAUCUGGACGAGCUGAUGAAGGAGGUGGAGCACCAGCUGAACAAGGAGUCCGUCGAUAUGGUGAACGCCCCAGCGGGAGCACCGACCAAGAUACAAGCCGAUACAGUCAGUGGCAUGGAAUCGCUAACGGAUUCAGAUCUCCAGACCCUACUCCAGAACUUCAAGUUCCUGUCGAACGAGGAGCAGGUGCAUCUCAUUGGCCAUCUGCGCAAGUUGGAGGUACAGGAGCCAUCGCGCGUCGAUCGCCUGCGCAAGUAUGUGAAUCUGGUGGAGCUCCGAGGGGAUGGCGAGUCCUGCAGUGAUUUCCUGGCGCGCGUGGUGAAUAUUGGUGGGCCAAGCAAGGCGAAACCGACUACUAAGUCGAAGACUUCGUUAAUGGGUGGCAGGACCUCCUCCGCCUUGGCCGCCAGCAUCUCGGCUACGAAAGCCGGUCACUCCAUGCUGAGCGCCCAGCGCAACAGUUUGGAUCGUGAGCGGGAUCGCGAUCUGUCCAGUGUGCCCAUCAAUAAGCAGCGACGCGGCCGGAAUACGCCCGGUAUCAUGCUCGAUGACGAUGACGAGGAGGAUGAUGAUUACAACUUUGACGAUUUGGUGAUGAAGGCCUGCGAUUCGAAUGGCAGUGGUAGUGGUGGUGGUGGUGCCGCUGGUGCUGGUGUACACAAUGCGCCAGGAGGGCCGCCCAUUGUACCCGUGGAAUCAUCGCCAAAUGCGCUCACUUUCAAGCCAGCAGCUGCGACCAAGAUUUCGCUCAAAGACACCGAGAACAUAAUAGCCAAUCUAAUGGGCACUUUAAGCAAGAACGGCAGUUCCGGAGGCUCACCCGUGGGUGGCAAUCGCAACUAUAUGAUGAACCAGCAGCAUGGUGCGCCAAAUGCGCAGAAUGCGCCGAAUUUGGGUCAGAAUCCAGGCCAAAAGCAGCCUGGAGCGGGCUACUCCAAUGCGGGCUAUCCAGGGCAGCAGCAGCAGCAGCAGCAUGGCCGUAACUUUGGCCAGGAAGCACAGCCACUGAUGAGCGGCGGACCGAAUGCCAAUCACUAUCCGAAUCAACAGGGCUACGGCGGCUAUCAUCCGUUUGCGGGCAAUGGCGUGCAGCAGAACUACGGCGGCAUGGUACCACCAGGGCCAGGUGGCUACGUGGGUCCGCCCGUUAAUCCGUGGGCCAGCAAUGUGCCGCCACAGCCGCCCUUCAACCAGAUGCCCCAAAACUUUAUGGGCGCCCAGCAGCCGCACUAUAACAACAUGUUCGGUGGACGUCACUAGAACGUCGUAGCCUUAGAUAUUCAUACUAUUAAACGUAAUGCAAGUUAAACGUAAUGUAGAAACCCUUUGAAGUGCCCGUGUAUCCGCUAGUUGGCAAGUGAUUUUUAUUAUAUUUUUUUUUUCAUACACGUGUGCUGCUGCCAAAAAAAGGAAAAAACGUAUCACUACCUUCUUUUGUUUAUAAAACACCGAACAACAAUAGAAUUCAGAAAACAUAAAUCUGAAGAGCACGUGAAUAAACAUACACAAUAAUUCCGGAAAUCAA